AUGAUGGAGUUUUCAGGAUUUUGUCUUCUAGUUUGGUUGUGGCAAGAAGAUUCAUUGGGAGAAGAUUGUAACAGGAAGGUUGACGAGAAUUAUAGAGAACGAUGUGGGGUGUCUUUCGAAACAACCAGCCGUGAAGUGGAGGAAGAGCCUUCUGGGAAUCAAGAAGAGUCAAGGAGGCAGCAGGAAAACAAAGAGGAGAAGUCAGGGAAUCAGUCUUUAGUUUUACAGGCCAGUAGCUUGCUCAAAAAGCCAGUGCAAGAAAAAAAACACAAGGGAAAGAGGAAGAAUGAACCUUCUGAAAGUGGAGAAAUAUUGAGAUGCAAAUCCAACUUUUCUUCCCAUCAGAGGAUCCCUACAGGGUAUGAAACUUAUAAAUGUUCUGAAUGUGGUAAAGGGUUCAGUAGGCUCGUCAGCCUCACUUCUCAUAAGAGAAUCCAUGUGAGUGAGGAACCAUCUGAGAGUUCAGAGUGUGAAAACAGUUUUGGUCUGAGUGAAAGCCAUACUUCCCAUCAAAGAAUCCACACAGGCCAAAAACCAUGCCGAUGCUCAGAGUGUAGGAAAAGGUUCAGGGGUAACACAAUGUCUACUUGGCAUCAGAGAAUUCAUUCAGAGGGAAAACAAUAUAAAUGCUUGGAAUGUGGAAAGCUCUUCCGCCAGCGAGCACACUUCACUGAGCAUAAGAGAAUCCACUCCAAAGAGAAACCAUAUAAAUGCUUGGAGUGUGGAAAGAACUUUACUCACAAACAAGGACUCACUUCCCAUCAGAAAAUCCACACAAAGGAGAAGCCAUAUGUGUGCUUGCAGUGUGGGAAAACCUUCCGUUGGAGUUCAGGCCUCACUUCCCAUCAAAGAAUCCACACAAAGGAGAAGCCAUAUGUGUGCUUAAAGUGUGGGAAAACCUUCCGUUGGAGCACAGCCCUCACUUACCAUCAAAGAAUCCACACAAAGGAGAAGCCAUAUAUGUGCUUGAAGUGUGGGAAAACCUUCCAUACGAGCUCACCCCUCACUUCACAUAUGAGAAUCCACACAAAGGAUAAGCCAUGUGUGUGCUUGGAGUGUGGGAAAACCUUCCGUUUGAGCUCAUCCCUCACUUCACAUCUGAGAAUCCACUCAGGGGAGAAACCGUACCAGUGCACAGUAUGUGGGAAAUACUUCAGUCAGAGUGCACACCUUACUUCGCACCGAAGAAUCCAUUCUGGAGAGAAACCCUAUCAAUGCCAGAAGUGUGGAAAAGGCUUCAGUCAGAGUUCACACCUGAAAGUACACCUAAGAAUCCACACGGGAGAGAAGCCAUAUAAAUGCUUUGAAUGUGGAAAGAGUUUCACUUGCAGCCAUUACCUUAAAGGACACAAAAGAAUCCACACAGGGGAGAAACCAUAUAAAUGCCUGGACUGUGGGAAAAGCUUCAAUCAGCCCUCAAGCCUUAAGGUACAUCAAAGAAUCCACACAGGGGAGAAGCCGUAUAAAUGCAUGGAAUGUGGGAGAAGCUUCAGUCGAAGCUCAACCCUUACUAUGCAUCAAACAGUUCACACAGGAGAGAAGCCGUAUAAAUGCAUGGAAUGUGGGACAAGCUUCAGUCGGAGCUUAACCCUUACUAUGCAUCAAAGAAUCCACACAGGGGAGAAGCCAUAUAAAUGCAUGGAUUGUGGGGAAAGUUUCAAUCAGCCCUCAAGCCUUAAGGUACAUCAAAGAAUCCACACAGGGGAGAAGCUGCAUAGAUGCAUGGAAUGUGGAAAGCGUUUUGGCAGCCGUUCACAACUUAAAUUGCACAAGAGAACUCACAUGGGAUAA